GUGUGUGUGUGUGUGUGUGUGUGUGUGUGUGUGUGUGUGUGUGUGUGUGUGUGUAUGUGUGUGUGUCUCCUGUUUCCUGUUCCUGUCGGUCGGCAGCAUGCUGGGCAGGAAGGGGUUAAGAUCAGUAAAACAUUCUGCCCUGAACAGUGGCCAUGCUGCCUCUGACUCCACCCCCUUUCUUAGCUCUGACCUCACUCUGAAACUUGUUCCCUACACAUUGCACACAUACACACACACACAUGCACACACACGCACGCACGCACGCACACGCAUUGAACUGAACACCACACACACACUUGCUCAGUCACAUACCUUCACGCACGUCUAACGCACAAGCCCAGUUGCUCACACACGACGCGCUCACACACACGCUCACGCACACGCACGCACACACACACACACACACAGACACACUUGCGGCUCCAAGAUAUAAUCGGUGGGGCGCUGCAGCAGGGGAACACAGCACCCGACUAGUGUGACAGAGUGGGUGCCCACCCGCCACAGCUCCUACCCUCUGAGCACAGGGAGGGGACCAGAGCAGGGCUGAGCAGAACCACGCAGAUAGGGUCGGUCGUAGGAGUAGUAAGUAGAGAGAAAGUUGUGCGAGGGACAGAGAGAGUGGGAGAGAGAGAGAGAGAGAGAGAGAGAGAGAGAGAGAGCGAGAGAGCGAGAGAGAGAGAGAGAGAGAGAGAGAGAGAGAGAGAGAGAGAGAGAGAGAGAGAGAGGAACAGCAGACUGGGGGAGGGCAGUGCUGCCACAUUUAGAGCACAGCUCUGAGCUCGAUGGGCGGAUGAAUGGAGCGCCGAGCCGACGAUAGGGCUGGCUCUCCUCUUGGUAGCCUCGCACGGACCCCAGCGCCCGGGCGCCCCACCGCAGAAGGACCCCCCGACUACCACCACCACCACAACAACAACAACAACAACAACAAGAGGCGACAGAAGAUUUGGUCACUGAAACAGCAGACUUCUGUUCCUUCACCAGGAGUCGACCACGGCUCGGCUUCUGUGCGUUUGUUCUGCCUGUGUGUGUGUUCGGUGUGUGUGUGCGCGCUCUGCGCGUGCGUGUGUAGCGCACACGGUGUGUUUAUCUUACGAGGAGUAACUGAGGAGCGAGGACUGAGGAGCAAGAUUGAGGACUGAGGACUCAGGAGCUAGGAGCUAGGACUGAGGAGAGAGGAGCGACCCUUAAGGAGUCAGGACAGAGGAGCUGGACUGAGGCUCAGGACUGAGGAGCGACCCUCGAAGACCCUAGAGGAAAAAAGCUGUAAAAAGUGUUUGUUGCACUGCUUGUGUGUCAUGGCGUUUUGCGUCGCGCCCCCACGUGGGACCCUAGGCUGAACCUAGGGGGGGUGGGGGGGCCUGUCUGCCUUCUGCUGGCCGGGGGGAUGAGAGAUCCCAGCCCUGAGCCCAGACCCCUGGACGCGAGGCGGACCCCCACAGACACAGCAGCAGCGAGGACCCCUGGGACCGGGGCGCCACGGCGAUGGCCGCAGACGCCACGACCUGAGCACACCCACGGCGAGGAGGCGGAGGAGGAGGAGACCAGGAGGAAGAGGAGGAAGGAGAGGAGGAACUGAGAGGAGGAUGAGUGUCCCGACCAACUGUGGGCUGUGGGGUUCUGGGGAGCGGGGUGUCACGGUGCGCAGCGGCAGCAUCUGGGGAUCCCCGUGUGCCACCAACCGGCCCAUAGACAUCAUCCAGAAACGCAGACGUUUUGAUGUGGAGAACGGGCUCUCGCCGGGACGCAGCCCCCUGGACCCCCAGGCCAGCCCCGGCUCCGGGCUGGUCAUCCAGGCCAACUUCCCCCACAGCCAGCGGCGCGAGUCCUUCCUUUACCGCUCCGACUCAGACUUUGACCUGUCCCCGAAGGUCCCGUCGAGGAACUCCUCUACAGCCAGCGACCUGGAAGAGAGCUUGAAGCACUGGGAGGUCAACUGGUUGUCUACUCGACACACAGAAGACAUGAUUGUGACUCCAUUUGCACAGAUCCUGGCCAGCCUCAGGACGGUGAGGAGCAACUUUGCACUAAUCACCGGACAGCAGGACCGCUCGGCCAGCAAAGCACGGUCAUCAGGAAGCAACCCGCCAUCUAUGUGCAAGACCAGCCUGGCUGAGGAGCCUCAUCAACAGCUGGCCAUCGAGACCCUAGAUGAGUUGGACUGGUGUCUGGAGCAGCUGGAGACCCUGAAAACCCGGCACUCUGUCAGCGAGAUGGCUUCCAAUAAGUUCAAGAGGAUGCUGAACCGGGAGCUCACCCAGCUGUCAGAGACUAGUCGCUCUGGGAACCAGGUGUCGGAGUUCAUCUCCAGCACCUUCCUCGAGAAGCAGCACGACAUGGACAUCAUGUCCCCGCCCGCUAAGGAGAAGGACAAGAAGAAGAGGCCCAUGUCCCAGAUCAGUGGGGUGAAGAAGCCCGCCCACAGCCCCGCCGUGGCCCCCACCACCAUCCCCCGCUUCGGCGUCAGCUGCGUCCAGGAGGGGCUCCUCGCCAAGGAGCUGGAGGAUGUCAACAGAUGGGGUGUGGACAUCUUCAAGGUGUCUCAGUUCUCAGGAAACCGGCCCCUGACUGUGACCAUGUACUCUGUCUUCCAGGAGCGUGAGCUGCUCAAAUCGUUCAAGAUCCCUGCGGACACGUUCAUCACCUUCAUGAUGACCCUGGAGGACCACUACCACGCUGACGUGGCGUACCACAACAACAUCCACGCCGCCGACGUGGUGCAGUCCACCCACGUGCUGCUGUCCACGCCCGCCCUGGAGUCAGUGUUUACUGAUCUGGAGAUCCUGGCUGCUCUGUUUGCGAGCGCCAUCCAUGAUGUGGAUCAUCCUGGAGUCUCCAAUCAAUUCCUCAUCAACACAAACUCGGAGCUGGCCCUGAUGUACAACGACGUCUCGGUGCUGGAGAACCACCACCUGGCCGUGGGCUUCAAGCUGCUGCAGGAGGACAACUGUGACAUCUUCCAGAACCUCAGCAAGAAGCAGCGCCAGUCGCUGCGCAAGAUGGUCAUCGACAUGGUGCUCGCCACAGACAUGUCCAAACACAUGAACCUCCUGGCCGACCUCAAGACCAUGGUGGAAACAAAGAAGGUGACCAGUCUGGGGGUGCUGCUGCUGGACAACUACUCGGACCGCAUACAGGUGCUGCAGAACAUGGUGCACUGUGCGGACCUGAGCAACCCCACCAAGCCUCUGGAGCUGUACCGGCAGUGGACGGACCGCAUCAUGGUGGAGUUCUUCACACAGGGCGACCGUGAGAGGGACAAAGGCAUGGAGAUCAGCCCCAUGUGCGACAAACACAACGCGUCCAUCGAGAAGAACCAGGUGGGCUUCAUCGACUACAUCGUCCACCCGCUGUGGGAGACGUGGGCCGACCUGGUGCACCCCGACGCCCAGGACAUCCUGGACAUGCUGGAGGACAACCGCGAGUGGUACCAGAGCAUGAUCCCCCACAGCCCCUCGCCGGACCCCCAGAGCCUGGAGAGGGAGCCCGGCCUCCCCCAGGCCGGGGCCUCCGCCCUCCCCGGCCUGUCCGGCCUGGCCUCCGUGGAAAAGUUCCAGUUCGAGCUGACGCUGGAGGAGGAGGAGGGGGAGUCGGACACAGAGAGCCCACUGGGGGAGGAGGAGGAAGAGGAGGAAGAGGGGGAAGAGGAGGAGGAAGAGGAGGAGGAGGAGGAGCAGGGAUGCAGGGGAAGGGGAGCCCCGGUGCGCUCCAGGACGGGGUCGGGCGGAGGCGGCAGGCUGGCCCCCCAGCUGCCCCGCAGGACGUUGACCUCGGACUCUGAGAGGGGGCUGGCGGAGGAGGGGGGCGCGGAGCGGGAGGGGGCACCCCUCUUCAGGCUCGGAUCGUAGCACCCGACCGCGGAGCCGUUGGAUUCUUCUGCUCCUUAGUUUGUUUUUGUUUUGCUCUUUUCAGUGCCUCACCCUCCUUCUCCCCCCCGAUGCCCCUUCAACUCCCACGACCCCCCCCCCCCCCCCCCCCCCCCCCCCCCCACCCACCCACCGACUCCCCCGCACAUACACACACACACACACUCACCUCAAACCCUAACCUUGUUGGUUGAGGGUGGACUUGGGACUAUGGUGAGACAGGGGACUGCCUGCACAUGCUCAGCGAGGAUGGUGGGAGUUCAGGAAGUGUGCUUAGGCGUACACAAGCGGUCACUUGCACUGGAGAGCGAGAGAGACGCAGGAGACGCGGAGACGAGGAGUUCACUGUUCCCCCACACCACUUCCAGGCCAUGAUAACAGGAAGCUGUGUUUCUGGCUGCUCUUUUGUUGAAGUUAUUUGAGUCAGUUUGGUGUGGGUACGGUAUUUGUUCUUCAAAGACGUUCAGAGGAGAACAAAAACAGAACUUUUAUUUUUUCUUCAACUCAAGGUCUACUACAACAAAUGAAUUGUCUUCCUCCUUUUGGACUAUUUGUGACUUUUAUGAAGAGCGUGUGACGAGCGGGAACGACAAGAUGAAACCACAACAAAAUAAACUGUGCCAAACUGUGCAAUAUACAGGGGACUAUGCCGCUUCAAUGUCAUCUGUUUUAUUGUGUUAACAAAUGUAUCUUUUAUUUAGGACCAGCAACAGUUACAGCGAAUAGUAAACAACCACGAUUUUUUUUUUGUCAUACGUCAAUGGAGAAUGAGCAAAGAUGCAACAGAUCAGAGGGGACAGCGAACAUCUCUGGAGAGAUCUUUGAAGGAGAUGGUUCUCAUGUAGCUGACUGACCCUAUCAUUAACAUUGUAUACUUCACAUAGUUCACAUGAUAUUUCUCAGCAAUGGGUAGUACAAUAGCCUCACCCUUGUUUGAGGAAGAGGUCUGUUUGAAUUAGACUGCAAUUUGAUUGCUGGCAAUACAUAUACUUUUUUUUGUGUGCAUAUAGAUUGUCUUUUUUUCUCUCUUGUUUAAACCUGACCUUGGCUUUUACAUUGACAACUGCUACUUGUGCGACGCUCACUUGGUGCCUCCUAGUGGUUGACAGGGGGCACUGAAGUUGAGCAGGAGGUGGAGAAAAGUUCUCGCUUUAUAUUUUUCGUAUGAAAACGAAUACAAUUAAAACAUGAUGUUUUUGCUGUAGGGCUUCCCCAAAAUACCCGUUUCUAAAUUAUAAUUGAAAGGAUGUUUUUUAAGAGGGUUUCAUAGCUCGGUUAAGAUGUGUAUGUUAUGUUUGCCACCUUCUCUCUUUUAUGACCUUCUCUCUUUUAUAUCUUCUUCAGUUUUAGCACUUUAGCCAAGCCCGCUUCCUCUCCAGAUAUGUUGGACGUAUUCAUUUCCUUAUGAUUUGUCAUUGGCUGCCAUGACGCUGGCUUGGAAAGAGGAGGGAGACAGAAUUUAUUUUUAAAAAAGGUUUCUUAUACUACAAUAAGUGCUUUAGUACUGCUAAUGAUGCAGGGUAAAUAUUUACACCCAGGACUGACUAUGUCACAGUUAUAUCAGAAAUGUCAUUAUUUUUACUCAGGUACAGCUGUCAUCAAUACACACAUUUGUGAAUGAUUGGUUAUUAAUUAUUGGAGUAGACACAAUGAUAUACCUGGUGUGUGAUUCAUGCACUGAGAGCCUCGAUUUGUCAUAGACCUUCAGGACAUUUUCAUUUUUCUUACCGUAAAUCUAAGAAGGUGAUUUUUUGGUAUUUUUAAUUUGUCAAUAUUUUGAUCUCCCAAAAUAGCCAAUGACAAUGAAGUGCCAAGCAUAACAACACGUACUGUAAUUUCCAUUCUGCCAGUGGCUACUUUCCGUCCAUGGCUUGAUGAAGUCGGACGAUUGUAGCUCUCCGUGUGCCAAUUCACCCCAGAGAUUAUUUCACCCCCCCCACCCCUACUCAAAGCCCAUUGUCCGGACUGAGAACGAAAAUGGUCUUAAAAAGAUUGGUGUUUGUUUGAGUGAGCGUAUGUGCGAGUGAGUGACUUUCAAUGUAUUUGCUAAGAAAAACCAAAGCACUUUGUAUGGUACUUUUUACAGUUCUGCACUCAGUACAUGUGACAGUGUGUAAUGUGACUGUUUCACAGUAUUCAGGUUUUAUUUAGUUGUAUUAUUAUUAUUAUUAUUAUUAUUUUAUUUCUUUCUGCAUAGCUUUGGCGCCAUGCCGGCUAAAUGGGUGGGACAACACCAGCUCCCUGCAAGGUUUUUGUUUUUCUUACUAUUUUAUUUUCUCUGAAUAACUGCAAAAUAAAUGAUUAGGGUAUAAUGCAUGACAAUGGCUGCAGGAGCCAAAGACCAUGAAGGGUUUUUUGUAGUUAUUACAAAAAUAUAUACACGCACACUUUGGCGAAUUGUUACAUUUCCACACUGUUCUGACCUGUGCCACUCUCCACUCUGUAGCGAUAAGAGAACCAAACUGAGACACCCUCAAGGACGCCUUCUGUAACAGCGCGACCAGCCUCAGACAGCAACACUAACUCAAACUCUGUCUGUCUGUCAUGCAGUGGUUCAUGUUGUACGUUGUUUCCUCUCAGUGCUUCAUGUUCAUUUAAUUUAUAAUUUAUGUCUAUUUUAUCCGUCAGAGACUCUGAAGUAAGAUAGUUUGUCUUGAGCCCAAGCCUACUUCUUCUCAAGCUAACCAGGAGAACAAAAACAAAGGACAGAUUUCAACUACUGCUUCAUUUCUUAGUUUUAUUUAUUUAUGACUGGUAGUUACUAUACGAGCAAAAUGCUUAGGACCGUCAGGUGUUUUAUUCUUCCAUAGCUCACUAACAAAAUACUACUCCGGCUUUGCUGAAACUUCAGUCUGUUCUUUCUGUAUAUCCAGAUCUGGACGUCAGACAUGUCUAUUCCAGAAGGUUCUCACAGUAAAAGAGCCAUGAUUGGUUUGGUGAAGUGAAGCUAAUAACAGGUUGAAUGACCUGACCAGUGAUCACAGAUCAGUCUUUCUUUUUCUAUGAUUUUUAUUCAUAACAGCCAACAUUUAAAUGAAUCUGCAGCCAUGACAAUCAAGACACUGCUGUAUUUCUAUAGUGUGUUAGCUUUCUCUUUGACUGUAAUUGUAUAUAUGCCUGAGUGUCCGCCCUGCUAAUAAAGGAAAAAAAACGCA